CAAUCAGUGACAGAGAAGAAUGAGAUUGGAUGUACAUAACAUUUAUUAAGAACCUUCCCCAGCUGAGGUGAUAUCAUUCCGUAUGUUUUGAGUGGAAUUGUAGUGGUUGAUCUGGUGUCACGGUUUUACCGCGGUAUCUGUCCCCUGCCAUGGCUCUCAUAAGGGUACUGCGAUUGUCCGUCCUACUUGUUGGCUGUCAAGUAAUUGCUUCCAGGAAUGGGUUGGCUGGGAAGCUUGGAUAUGCACAAGGGCUGGUCCAAACCCCCAUAUAUCAGCCCUAUGAAGAGCAGACUGGAUCCGCUCCCCAGCAGAAACCAUGGAUGGCCAACCAAAAGCAAACCCUCAUGACAGCACAGACACAAAAGAGCUCAUUGCCCAACCAGCAGCAGCAGCCUCGUGGCUACCACCAGCAGCAGCCUCAAGGCAACUAUCUCUUGGAGCAGCGUCUACACCCGCAGCUAGUUGAAAAGCAUCCUAGCAUUGUGCCCAAGCUUUGUACCGCGAUUGAGAAUGUAGCUAGCUGGCUGCAAGGUCCCAGCUGUGUCCAAAAAAAAAAGCCACUACUCAGUGAUGUGCAAGGGCAACAUCAACUGCGCCUAGAUCUGCUGAAAAUUCUGCACACGUUCCCAAGUUGGCUGCAUUCCUCGGGCUCCAUUCCCGAGCAGAAGCCACACAUUCCCCCUGAGCAUGCAGAACCGAAGAAACCUAUCUACAUGCCCAAGCACGAGCCGUCUAUGCCCAAGCACGAGCCGUCUAUCCCCCAGCAGGAGCCAUCUAUGCCCGAGCAGGAGCCAGCUAUGCCCGUGCAUCCUAUGCAGCAGCAGCAGCAUCCAUCUAUGCAGCACCCUAUGCAAAUGCACCCUAUGCAGAUGCAGCAGCCAUCUAUGCAGAUGCAGCAGCCAUCUAUGCAGAUGCAGCAGCCAUCUAUGCAGAUGCAGCAGCCAUCUAUGCAGAUGCAGCAGCCAUCUAUGCAGAUGCAGCAGCCAUCUAUGCAGAUGCAGCAGCCAUCUAUGCAGAUGCAGCAGCCAUCUAUGCAGAUGCAGCAGCCAUCUAUGCAGAUGCAGCAGCCAUCUAUGCAGAUGCAGCCUAUGCAGAUGCAGCCUAUGCAGAUGCAGCCUAUGCAGAUGCAGCCUAUGCAGAUGCAGCCUAUGCAGAUGCAGCAGCAGCCUAUGCAGAUGCAGCAGCAGCAGAUGCAGCAGCAGCCAAUGCAGAUGCAGCCAAUGCAGAUGCAGCCUAUGCAGAUGCAGCCUAUGCAGAUGCAGCAGCCGUCUAUGCCGUUGCCUCAACAGCAAGGACCUGUCUACAUGCCCCAGCAGAAGCCGCCGCCCAUGCCGUUGCCUCAACAGCAAGGACCUGUCUACAUGCCCCAGCAGAAGCCGCCGCCCAUGCAGCAGAAGCUGCCGCCCAUGCAGCAGAUGAUGCAUCAACGGCAGUAUCCACGCAAAGGGUGAUUGCUGGAGGGACCUCAGUGAAGCGGAGUUCAACCAUUCAUCUGCCUACAGAAAUGUAUAAUAAAAUACUUAAUUUUAUAUUGCUU